CAUCACUCUAAACACACAUAUAUAAACUGCAGCAACUCUAGAGUGAGGCGGUCGAGCCAAACCCUAAUAUCACAGUAAGAAGGAAAAGGAGAAAUGGCGGUGCCGCUUUUAAGUAAGAAAAUCGUGAAGAAGAGGGUCAAGAAGUUCAAGAGACCCCAGAGUGACCGCAAAAUCUCCGUUAAGACAAACUGGCGCAGACCAAAGGGUAUUGAUUCUCGUGUAAGAAGAAAGUUUAAGGGAUGUACUUUGAUGCCCAACAUUGGCUAUGGUUCAGACAAGAAGACACGACAUUAUCUCCCAAAUGGCUUUAAGAAAUUUGUUGUGCACAAUGUUGGAGAGCUUGAACUUUUGAUGAUGCACAACAGGACAUAUUGUGCUGAGAUUGCCCAUGAUGUUUCAACGAAGAAGAGAAAAGAGAUUGUUGAACGGGCAGCACAGCUUGAUGUUGUUGUUACAAACAAACUUGCCAGGCUGCGCAGCCAAGAAGAUGAAUGAGCAUAAGCAUAUAGUUAUGUUUUGCAUUUGAAUCAUUGCUUGUGUUAUUGCAAAUUUUGGAUAAUUUGGUUGUUUUGAUGAGAAUAAUUUUCUCAACAGGAACUUCGUUUGUACUAUGGAAUUAUUACUA